UUAUUUUCGAAUUCAUGCCACUCCCGCAGUUGGAAGAGGGAAUGCUGGGAAUAUUUCGGCGCUGACUGCGAAGUGCGAGUGUGUUUGUCUCGUUGUGUGUGUUUUAAUCCGUAGAUUUAAUUAGAUUAUUUAUUUAUUUUUCCAGUUUUAGUAAUUAAUAUAAAAUCGUAGAAAUUCUGAUGAAUUAUGGCGUAUCAAGGACCGGCAUAUGGAUUAAGUAGAGACUGCAUGCUUAAGGCUCAAGCAAAAUUUGACUUAAAUCAAGCUCUCAUUGCAUUAGAUUGGAUAAAGGAUGUAACCAAAUUAAAUUUGGAUCCACCAAAUGAUGAAGGAUUUGUAAAAAAUCAAUUAGAUUUUGCCAAUGUAUUAAAAGACGGUACAGCAUUGUGCACAUUGAUCAAUAAGCUUUGCCCUGGAGCAGUUAGCAAAAUAAACACAAUGAAAACUCCCUUUAAGGAAAGAGAAAAUUUGGAAAUGUUCCUAAAAGGUUGUGAGUCAUAUGGUUUAAAAAGACACGAUUUAUUUCAAGUAAAUGAUUUAUAUGAGAAAAAAAAUUUAUAUACUGUUGUGAAUUGCCUUUUUGCUUUAGGAGGAUUAGCUAAGAAAAAACAGUAUGAUGGACCAACAAUAGGAGUUAAAGUUGCUGAUGAAAACAAAAGAGCAUUUUCAAAAGAGAAAUUAGAAUUAGGGAAGACAAUAAUAGGAUUGCAAUCUGGUACCAAUCAAGGAGCUUCACAGAGAGGCAUGACUCCAUAUGGUGCUCCAAGGCAGAUUUUACCUGAUGGUAAAUGAGUGGAAGAAACUUUUAAGAGCAUUUUGUAAAUUAACAUCGCAUUGCAUUAUUCUAUAGUCCCCAUUUACAUUUUUGUUCUGUUCACUGUGUCAUUUUGAGAAUAUUCACUCGCUUUUUUAUGUAUUUUGUUGCUACUUGAAGUUAUUACUCAUAUAUUUUAAUUCCAUGACAUGUGGCAUGCAAGAAUUCAUUUUGAAUGAAUUUACUAUGUGAUUGAAUUUGAUGUAUAGUUCCUGUAAGCUCUAAAAGCUUAAUUGUGCCUUUCGACUGAUUUUUAAAUAUGUCUCAAGUUUUAUUCUCGCACAUUUUAAACAUGUCAGAAACGUGGAUAUAUUUUUUAUUUUGAUACACAAUUUGUAUAAAUUUUGUGAUGUUGCCAUUUUAUGUGAUCUGCUUUUUUUAAUAAUUAAAAGAUAUUUUCAAGAUUGUGAUAUUAUAGCAUUUAUAUAUAAAGCAAUUGAGAAUCAAAAAUGUUUUUCGAGCUUAUUAGUAUAUCGAUAGCUUUAAUUUUUUUAGUGUUAACUAAAAAAAAAAAAGAAAUCUUGAAAUAAAAUUUUGAAUUGGUGAAAAAGAGUAAAUUUUUCUUAUCAACCUUCGUACUGACUUACUUCUAUGUGUAAAAAUAAUAUUAGUACAUUAUGAAUGUUGCCAAAUAUUUUUGAUUAAUAAAUUUCUUGUGAAUUG